UCGUGUGGCGAACGUGAAACGCACACAAGCAAAUUUUGUAGGCGCAUUGAACUCGAACUCGAACUCGUGUUACUCGCAAAGUGAAAAAAAGUUAUCAGCAGCAAGCAUGACAAAGUGUCAGCAUUAUCUAUUGUGGCUAUUGUGGAUCUCAAUUCAAGUUGCAGCUACAACGGCCACUGCGCCCGUUAUCAGUCACAUCAGCCAGGAUGUGGUGGCCAGCGUGGGCGACAGUGUUGAGUUCAACUGCACCGUGGAGCACGUGGGACAACUCAGUGUUAGUUGGGUGAAAACCGAACCCAGCUCCGUGACUUUAACCAUGCGCAAUAUUCUCAGUCUACGCGAUCAGCGCUAUAAUGUCAGCGUGCAGGAGAAUACCGAAAAGGACAGUGGAGUCUACGGGUUUCGCAUUGCCAAGAUCGAGGCCAGCGACAUGGGCACCUAUGAAUGCCAGGUGAUUGUUUCUGCCUCUGGAACGGUGAAGAAGAGUCUCAAGCUGCUGAUCAAGACACCGCCAUCGAUCGCCGGCUCAACGCCACAAACGCAACUGGUGACCGAGGGUCAGACGCUGGAGGUGAGCUGUCACGCGGAUGGUUUUCCCACACCCACCAUCUCCUGGGCACGUGUAGACAAUGCCAUAAUGCCGGCGGGUGGACAUCUGUUGAAUGAGCCGACGUUGCGCAUCAAGACUGUGCAUCGUCUGGAUCGCGGUGGCUACUAUUGCAUUGCCCAGAAUGGCGAGGGACAGCCCGAUAAGCGUCUGGUGCGUGUGGAGGUCGAGUUCCGUCCCCAGAUUGCCGUCAGUCGUCCCAAGGUGGCGCAGAUGUUGUCGCACACUGCGGAUCUGGAGUGCACCGUUCAAGGAUUCCCGGCACCAACUGUUGUGUGGUUCAGGAAUGGAGUGCAGUUGGAGUCGAAUCGUCGGCACAGCAUUUUGAACACGGCUUCGCCGCUGGAGGUGACGACGUCGGUAUUGCGCAUCGAUAGCGUCUCGGAGGAGGACUUUGGUGACUACUAUUGCAAUGCGACCAACAAGUUGGGACACGCCGACGCACGGCUGCAUCUCUUCCAGCCCGUCAUCCCGGUGCCCUCGUCGUCGUAGUCGGACCUCAGAUGUUCCCACACUUACACACACACAAAAACACACAAAGUAAACUAAAAAAGCAAAAGACUUGAAUACUUUAAUUUUUUCGGCAAUUGUCUGGCCGGGGAUUGUGUCCACUUUGGCUGCGGUCUCGGUCUGUAGUUCUUCUUAUUAUUAAUGAUUCAUUCAAUUCAAUUAACCCACGAUUCACGAGUUUAUAUCAAUCUCCCUAUCCCUCUUCCACUCCCAUUCCCGCAAUUCUUGUGCCUUAAGAACUCGCUAUCCAACUGCCUUGCAUGUAUAGCAGUCGUGUUUCCUGCCCCCCUUCCCAACCAUCCAUCUAUACAUGAAUAAACAUACUAUAUACACAA